AUGGUGGCCCACGAUGAGGAACAUGAUGGUCUCCUUGACGAGUUCGAGCUGCAAGAUGAAGAUCCAAAGACGCGGCCUAAUUCUUCACAUCGUACAGUGAGAAGGUGGGCCAGGUUUGUACGACGACGUGUUUGGUGUCUUAUAGCAGUCGUUGUCGCUAUUGCGUUACUAUGUAUCCUUGGCGCCGCUUUCUCAUCAAGAGGAACCCUGAAGGCCCUGAAAGGCCCCGAAGAGGGUGGUCGCCUUGGCAUUCGGCUGCAUCCAGAAGAGCACGCAUCCAGACCUCCAGCAACGCUCAGCUUCAAUUGGACCAUCACAGCUGGACUCAGAUCGCCAGAUGGUGUUCAGAAGAGAGUAUAUCUUGUCAACGAUGAGUUCCCGGGGCCAACCAUCGAGGCAAGAUCCGGUGACCGGCUUGUGCUGCAAAUCCGUAAUAGCCUUGAAGAAGAGGGUGUUUCUCUGCACUGGCACGGUCUUCGGAUGAAACACCAGAACUUGAUGGAUGCUGACGGGCUCUGGGGAGGUCUGAUCGUACAUUCUCCUCGGGAAGAAAACCCACCGCCAGAGGACUACUUGGUAAUGGUCAGCGAUUGGUUUCAUAGAAACCAGACUGAAAUCUUGGCUUGGUACGCUGAUGCCAGCAGCCGAGGAAAUGAGCCCGUCCCAGAUUCGCUGCUGGUAAAUGGAAGAGGACGCUUCAACUGUUCCAUGGCGGUUCCUGCUCGGCCAGUUGUCUGUUCUCAGAUUGCAGCACAUGAGCUUGCACCACUACUCAAUCCGUCAAGAGAGAAGGCCAUGAGAUUGCGCUUUGUCAAUACGGGUUCAGUCGCAGGCUUCAGCGUGCAGAUAGACGGAGCGACAAUGCAUCCAGUUCGCGUAGAUGGCGGGUUCAGCGUUCACGCAGAGGCGAGCGAAUCUAUCGGCAUUAUUUAUCCCGGUGAAAGGGUAGACGUUGAUGUCAAGUGGAUUAAAGACUAUCCGGGAGAUCAUUGGCUGAGUAUAGACCUGGACUCUGAAAACUUUGGAUAUCCCAACCCAGCAUUGAACCCGACCCAAAUAUUUCCCAUUAUCGGAGAAACUUCCCGUGAAAGUAAACACAGAGAGCAACAUGCACCGAGCAACACUCGAGCCCUCGAUCUCCAAAACGUCACGGCUGCCACGCGAGUUUCUGACAUCCCGCCUAGAGCAAAGGAGACGUUUGUCUUUUACGCAAAGACUGAGAAGUUAGCACACUUGGACUACCAGCCCGUUGGUUUCAUCAACCAUACAUCAUGGAAGCCACAAAGCCGUCCUUUACUCUCUCAAAACAGGACUGCAUGGGACGAGAACCAACUUGUCCCCUUCAUCGGCUUGUCUUCAACCGAGCCUACAAGAGUGGACAUUGUCAUCAACAACCUCGACGACGGUGCCCAUCCCUUUCAUUUACAUGGUCAUUCCUUCUACGUUCUCUCGUCCUACAGGGAUGAAGGCCGUGGUGGUUGGGGUAGCUACAAUCCUUACUCUGGUGACCAGCCUCCAAAUGGCCUCAAUCUGGACUUUCCACUACGCAAGGAUACAGUCAGCGUGCCUCGAAGGGGUCAUGUAGUCUUGGCGUUGGUGGCGGACAAUCCAGGCAUUUGGAUACUGCACUGCCACAUGCUGGUGCAUAUGGCGAGGGGAAUGGCGAUGGCGCUCCAUGUUGGAGAUGUUCAGGAUGUGGAGCAUGUUAUUUCAGCUGACCUCAUGGCUGGUGAGCUUUGUGGGAGAUAA